GGGCGAAGGACUUUUUUUCCACGCCGGAGACGAGGACAUGUCUAUGCCAUGAGUGCAAAGAAGGCACGGACUUCGUUCCCAGACAGCAGGAAAAGGCUUGGAGGGUGAUCUCCCUCCGAGCAUCCGAGGACCAUCACCGCUUUAGAGCGAGCGGCCCGCAUGAUGUUGCAAGAUGCGGGCGGAAUGAUGACCAUCGAUCUGGUCAAAAUAGGCUAUUUGGAGGCUGAGAGCUCCCUCCCGGUGGCAGCAGGACGAGCCCACGGUCUCCAUGGACGUGGACCGCGACCUGAUGAUUGACACCGAUGCGCGAUGCGCUCGGAGAAUAAACCGAGAGUACCCGCGAGAUCCCCCCGCUCUGGCAGCAGCACUGAUGGCUGGCCAGCGCUGCGCGUGUAACGCAGCAUGACGUGGCAAUGUCCGCCUGUCCAGAGGUCGUGUCGGGCCCACAGGACCCACUCGUGGCUGCCCGCCAGGCAAGACGGCGACAAAGGCCCUGCAGCGCAGCGCAUUGACUCGGUUCCAGAAUGCGGUCAAAGUUCGACCUCGUCUCGAUUUGCAGACAAGAUCCCCUCCCCCCGCCUUCGAAGGCGACUCCGAUGCGCGACCAAGAGAAUUCUGCCAGUUUAGAUGGCCGACGUUCGGCGAAGCCCUCGACCUCUGCCGCGUCCGUGAAGCGCGCGCGAGAGGAGAUUAUUAAGUGCUCAUGGCCUCUGCCUCUCGUCGGCUUCGCAAGCCGAUGCAACUCGACACGCGGUCGACGGAAGAAGAUGAUGCGAUGCCACGACCUGUCCCACGCCUAACGGAGCCCUAUUCGACAGACGGUGGGCGGUGCCAUUGAAAGCCGGUGGUCGGAAUUAAUAAUCCCGCCUCCGGACGGUUCCUGCCGCGGGGUCGGAACCCGACUGGUACAGAUAGCAUUGGAAAUGAUGGUGUGCGGAAACGAAAAGAAAAUUGGUCUCGGUUGGCGCAGGACGUCGUAUGCUCGGAUCACCACCAGGGCACAUGUUUUUCUCGCCCAAACGGAAUGGGGCUCACCGCAUCGGGUUCCGAUGAGGAGAUCGACAGAAGGGACAAAUGCGUAGUCCCGGAGGGCGGCGAAGUCAGAAAGUAGUGGCCCGGAGAGCCCACCACCAGCGCCCUUAAAGGACACCAACCUCCGCUACUGCCAACAGCUUCGGUCGCAAAACCAUGCAGAAACUCUGGGGCGCUCGCUGAGCAAGCAAGUGAGCAUUGGCACCUUGCGGCUAUCCUGGGAGUUACAUUGUCUGGAGUGUCUGGGCAGACGAACAGGUAACUCGUUGUCGAAAUUGGCACUGUGACAGGGCGGAGAGCAGCCAGCGGACAUGCCGAUAACAUCUAAUUGAAAAGCCUUAUCAGAAAUCGUACUCUGGUCACGAGGUCAGUGAACAACUGCAUCGAUCUUUAUCGAGCUCCGUGUUAGGCUCUUAACUGGGAGUAAAGAGGUGGUCCACCACGGUUAUGUGAGCGCAGCACACAGCACAAACACCCACCGAGGGUCCCACCACAAUUCGGAAAUCUCGGUGAAGAGUCGCUUUCAUUGAAGCGCGGGUGUCAGCCUGGACCACAAACCAUCGAGUCGGAACAUCGGAGGCGAAGGCGAGGGAGGGGUGGGAGUGACGGGAGUGACGGGGAGAGGAAAGGGACCAGGAAGCGAAUGUGAGCAAAAGACGAGGAGAGCGCGGACGGACGGGUAGAGUCAUGCGUGCUCUCCUUGGAGUAACGCCUCUCACCAUAGCUUCACCACCCUGCAGGACUUCCCCCAACAUUCUCAAGUCUGCCUCUUUGAAGUCGCGGCCAUGCUGGCCUGCCAUGACUUUUCAUGCGUUGCAUGAAUCUGUUCAAGUUCUUCCGUCCACCACCACUGCCCUGCCUUCUCUGAGUGGUUAUGGAGAUACUUCGGCCACAUCUUGCUCGCACAUCCCAACCCCUUCUCUCCUGGUUUUUUCAGGAGGAACAGCCUUCAAUGGUGUUGUGGAGGAGCUGAAGAAGUUCACCACACGUGUAGCACAUGUGCUACCCGUUUCAGACGAUGGAGGAAGCACAUCGGAAAUUGUCCGCGUCCUCGGUGGUCCGGCCGUGGGAGACAUUCGAUCCAGGUGCCUGCGACUCUCGGAUGAAAGCACGUCCGAAGCGAUGGCUGUGAAGAGGAUGCUUGGCCAUCGACUGUCUUUGAUCGAGGGGGAAGCGAAAGCCGAGUGGUACGAGAUUGUGGAGGGAGAACAUGCACUCUGGCAAGGCGUUUCGGGUCCUUACAGGGAAACAAUCCGCGCUUUUCUCGUACAUUUCCAGACGCAGAUUCUUCGACAUCCACACGCAAGGUUCAAGUUUCGCAACGGGAGUAUAGGCAACUUCUUCUUCGCAGGAGCUCGUAUUUUCUUACAGUCUUUAGAAGCAGCGAUUUUUCUUUACUCUCGCGUUUGUCAGUGCCCCACUGACAGUCUUGUGCUUCCUGCAAUCUGCACAAACGACCGCCUUACACUCGGUUCAGAGCUACUUAAUGGUACAAUUAUAAAGGGACAAAACGAGAUUUCUCACCCAAUGAACAGGGACACCAACGGCGUUAUCUCACAUGCUGUAAACAAAGUGAGACAUUCCUCAAGUGCCCUUCCAUCUCCCAUCAAACGCAUAUUCUAUAUGUCAAGUGAGGGCACCAACCUCCUGCACGAGGUUUUCCCUGUGGUCAAUACCGCUGUUUUAGAGCAGCUUCGUCAAGUUGAUGCUGUUGUGUAUGGAAUGGGUUCUCUCUACACAUCUAUCUGCCCAUCUCUGGUGCUUCGUGGAGUAGGAGAAACGAUUGCAAGACGCACAUGUCCCAAGAUUCUUGUCAUCAACGGUUCAUAUGAUAGAGAGACCUCGGGCAUGGCAGCAUCAGAUUUCGUAACAGCUGUUAACAAUGCUCUAAAUCGAAAGUACUGCAAUGAUCCACAGCAUCUUCUUCAGUACCCGGCAAGUCAGUUUGUGAACGUUGUCUUGGUGCCUAAAGGAGGAGAGAUACUGGUUGACUAUGACAGGCUAACUGCUAUGAAUAUCAGCAAUGUGAUGGAAGUCACUUCAAUUGUUGACGAAAGAGUUGGAGUUAUCUAUAAACCUAAGGCCCUUAUUAGUGCUUUGAAACGAAUUCUUCGUCAGCAUCUCGUAGAGUAAUGUGGGAACUCGGGCUGGAGCAGUAUCAUAGAUACCAAAGUUUAGAUCUAAAAGUUGGGACAUUCCCAACCCUUUGUACACUUGCCACAAAUUUGUUAAUAGUUACUACUGUUUUGACCUUCUCCC